AAAUAUACUGAGAGAGUAUAUUAACCCGGAAGUAGUUAAACCUCCGAAACAAAACAUUUUGUCUGAUAAUAAAAGUAGGCGUGUUUUUACAAAUGCGCAAUGGAUUUAAGUGUUUCAAACACAUACGGUAACGGUCUUCUUUAUGCGGGAUGGAAUCAAGACCAAGGCUGCUUUGCAUGUGGAAUGGAAAAUGGGUUCAGAGUCUACAAUUCAGACCCAUUGAAAGAAAAGGAACGACAAGACUUCACUGAUGGAGGCAUUGGACAUAUUGAGAUGUUGUUCAGAUGUAACUACCUGGCAUUAGUAGGCGGUGGAAAGAACCCAAGAUACCCACCAAAUAAAGUAAUGGUGUGGGAUGACUUGAAGAAGAAGCACGUGAUAGAGCUGGAGUUUUCUAGUGAGGUCAGGAGCGUAAGACUGAGGCGAGACAGGAUUGUAGUGGUGCUGGAAUCAAUUAUCAAAGUUUACACAUUCACACAGAAUCCACAACAGCUUCAUGUGUUUGAAACCUGUCCAAAUACUAAAGGUCUUUGUGUGAUGUGUCCGAACAGUAACAACUCCCUUCUUACAUUCCCUGGGCGAAAAAUGGGCCAUGUGCAAGUUGUUGACCUUGCCAACACUGAAAAACCGCCACUUGACAUAGACGCUCAUGAGGCAACCCUGAGCUGUAUGGCCCUUAAUCUACAGGGGACCAGGCUGGCAACAUCAUCAGAAAAGGGCACUUUAAUACGAGUCUUUGAUACAAGUAAUGGACAGCAACUCCAUGAGCUGCGUAGAGGAGCCAACCAUGCUAACAUAUACUGUAUAAAUUUCAAUGUGGACUCUACAUUGCUGUGUGUAUCUAGUGACCACGGGACGGUGCAUAUAUUUUCUACAGAAGAAAACGCCAAAAAGAACAAGCAGUCCAGCCUGGCCGGUGCAGGAUUCCUACCAAAGUACUUCAGUUCCAAGUGGAGCUUCUGCAAGUUCCAGGUUCCCGGUGGAGCACACUGCAUGUGCGCCUUUGGCUCCGAUAGCAAUGCUGUGAUAGUUGUGUGUGCGGAUGGCAGCUACUACAAAUUUUUGUUCAAUCAGAAGGGAGAGUGUAACCGGGAUGUUUAUUCCCAGUUCCUUGAAAUGACGGACGAUCGAUCAUAGUUGCUGUUUGGAAGUUAUCACAACCGUGAUGCUUAACAUUUUUUAAGAUGGAAACUCUGUAACAUCAAGAUUCACAUGGACCAGCGCAUAGUAGACCAGCCCACCUAAGACUGAAGAAUAGUCUCGAAUGCUGUUGUUUUAUAUAUUUGAACUCACAAGUUUUGGAGUCUAAAACUAAGGUAUUCUUUACUAUGAAGUAUGCAUUGAUUAAUUUGGGAACGAAUCCAACAUUUAGUGACAUACACAAGACAUGUGAUUAUAAACAUUAGCUGUGAAGUGUUUAGAAAUUGAGAGUGGAUAAAUUCUAGUAAAGAGGGUUAAACAUUAGUCACUCACUAAAGUCAAUGCAGUGAUGCCUUGAUUGUUGCAUUCUCACCAUAGGGUGAUGAGCCAUUAUGCAGUAAAUCAUAGAAACUUUGACAAGAAAGCAACUUACAGAUUGGAAGCCGGGU